UAAAAUAGUUGGACUAUUACGAGUCAAAUCGAAUCGGAUCGGUUGUGUCAAUUUUUGAAACCUCUUAAUACAAAAGGCUAUCUAAUUACAUAUUAUGACAUAUUAACUCCCCAAUCUACUCCAAAUCCAUGAUAGAUUUCCUCCGCAUCAAAUUACCACCCAAUGUGUAACCCAUUCCAUUUGUGUCAAAUUCAUUCAUACCCUUCCCCUUUUCUUUUUCUUUUUCUAUUUUUUUUUUAAAGACCUCUACCCAUUUUUCUAAUUGGUUCAAUUUUCUUCUCAUUGACUAAAAAAACUUUUUCUCCUUACCUGAGUCAUACUCGAGUUAACUCGGACACACCCACCCAUUCUCACUUCCUUCUCCCCUUCACUUUCUCUCUCCUUAAUCCAAAAUUUCCGCCAUUAACAACCUUCAACUUUCUCUCUCCUCCUUCAUCAAUGGAUUCCUCCCCAAUCUACCGUCUCCCUCAAGACACCCUUCACAUGAUCUUCAUCAAACUCCCUCUUCGUGAAAUCAUAAUCUGCAAAUCCAUCUCAAAACCCUUCAACAACCUCCUCACUUCACCUUCCUUCUGCCACCUCAUCUCCUCCCUUCACCCUCCUCUCUCUCUCCUCGCUCUCCGCCCUCCUCACCACCACACGCGCCACCGUCACGCGUCCCCUCUCUCUCCCCCGCCGCCGAUUCUCCACGCCUUCGAUCCUUCCUCCGAUGAAUGGCUCAGAUUCGAUCUUACUUUCUUACCCUUUACUUCUCUCUCCCCUGUGACGUCAUCACUCGGUCAGAUCUACCUUUGGGGUGACUCGCCCGAUUCACCCGCUCGUUCGCUCGUUGUUUGUAACCCCUUGACUCGGGCUUACCGGGUCUUACCCCAACUCGGGUCGGCUUGGUCUAAACACGGGUCGGUUUUAUCCGGGUCGGGUCGUCGGGUUCUUGUGCUCACUGAACUUGCGACCUUGUAUUGGUGUGAUCAUAGUAACAAUUGCAAUCAUGGGUUUGAUAAGCAGGAUAACUGGUUGAAAUUUUCGUCGAAUUUGCCGUCGAAACCUCGGAGUCCCAUCUUAGUUGGGAGCUCGUUGUAUGCGCUUUGUGAUGUGGGUUCACCUUGGAGAAGCAUCUGGAAGCUAUUUAGCUGUAAUUUGCCGGAAUUCGAGACGACGUCGUUGGGGUGGAGUAGGGUGGAGAGGAGUGAAUGGGGUGAUGUGUUCGAUAUCUUGAAAAGACCUAGAUUGGUUAAAGGGGUUGGGAGUAAGAUUUUGAUGGUGGGAGGGCUAAAAUCGUCAUUUUCAUUGAAUGCUUCAUGUUCAACAAUAUUGAUACUUAGGUUGGAUUUGGAGAGUUUGGAGUGGGAUGAAGCAGGGAGAAUGCCUUUAGAUAUGUAUAAGUGUUUUCAGGAAUCGUCGAAAUUUAAGGUGUUUGGAGGUGGGGAUAAGGUUUGUUUCUCGGCUAAGAGGGUUGGGAAAUUGGCAUUGUGGGAUAAUUCUGCUCAAGGGGUUUUCAGUGGUAGUGGUGGCGAGUGGCGGUGGAUCGAGGGGGCGCCCGGGUAUGGGGAUGGGUUGUUGCGUGGGUUCGUGUUCGAUGCGUGCCUUGGUGCGAUGCUGUGAGUUGUGGGUGGUUGCUUUGGUGGAUUUCUAUUCAAUGUCAGUCUGAUCAUAGGGGAAAAGGAGGAGAUGGACAAUACAAAAUCCCAUGAGCCAGCUUGAGCUGAUCCAUCAGUCAUCACAACCAUUGAUGGCGAUUCAUGGAAAAUCUGAAGGCUGAGGAAUUGAGAGAGACAGAGGUUUAACCGCAACUUCAUUGUAAGAUGCAUCGCAUAAUGUGAACUAUGAAGCAGAUGAAGCUGGGUCAACUUCUUUCCUGCAGAUAAAUUUUAAGUUACUUGGCUGGCUUUUUUAAAUUUUUUUUUUUUUUUUACUUUCUUCUUUUCAUUUUUUUACUUAAAAGAAUUUUAAAAUCAAUAGGUCGUCAUACUAUCUGAUGUGCAUGAAAUACGUGUGCACCAGUUCAGAAAUUUUCUCAACAGAAACAUUGAAUGUAGUUUUGCAAUUUUCAGUGCAAUUUCAACCAUAGGUCUAUAAACUGUUGUAUUUUUUUUUUUUUUUUGUUUUAAGAGAAUGAUGUAAACUUUGAUUAUGAAUUAAAGCUUUGAGCUUUUGAAUUUAGUUUGUGCAAGGAUUGAAUCAAAAUACUUUUU